AAGUAAAGAGAGACUUUUUCCAGCAUUCGCAGACACCGUCCCUGGGGGCAUGUGUUUGUGUUUGCUUCUCACUCCUGUGUCCUCCUGAAAUAUACAUGACAUUUAACUAGACAGUGAAAUCCCUUUGAGUGGCAGCAGGCCAUCAGAGGUAAUGUAAUAAGAUACACUUUGGUGAACUUGAUAGUGCUGGUCAAGCUCAAUGGGGUUACCUACAGGCCUCGUGUUAAAAUCCAGGAAGAUUUGUCCCAGUUUGACACUUACAGGAGCAAUAUGAAAAUAAUUUAGUUAAUAAAAAAUUAAAAUAAUAUGAAGAAAUAACAGAUUUUUAUGUUAUAUGAUGGAUGUCUAUGUGUUGUGUUGCAGAGAGAUCCACAGAAUUUAGCAUGCUAAUUAGCUAAUCCCUGCCUGUCCUGUCUCGUAAUACCACUUUGUACCUCAAGAGUUCAUAGUGAGUGAAUAGCGUCCAGUCUGCCCUCAGUCCAACAAUACUGAGGUAGUUUUUUUUGCCCGGUUUGGCUCCCUGCACCCUGAGGCUGACCCCACCCGAGCCCCUGCUCAGGCCUCUGUAGGAUGCCUGACUUCCCUCCCGCUCCUCUCAUACUUGACGCCUCUCCUGUCCCCGCCUAGCGUCGUGUCUUUGUGCCACGGAGUCCUGGUUGGAUCCACUAUAAAUCACCUUGGUAUUAUAUUCCCUCCAAUCUGGCCGUGUUCACUGGGAGGUUGCUGAGCCCGGUUCUGGCCCUAACUUUACCAGCAAUUAACGGUUACGUUCUCAUUUUCUGCACCCUGUUUGUUUGGAUUAUGAAUUCAACAGGUUGCUAUUUCUUAUAUUGCUCCCUUUAAAACCAUUUACUGUAUAUUAAAUGAUUAAAACAGCUGUCCUGACUUCUGUUUCCCUUCCAACAUCACCUCUGUCCUACUACAAUACCCCCUGCAUUUACUGUUCUUUUCACUCAAAAUAGAUUAAAAGCUACAAGAGCACUUUGAGCAACAAUCUUGGAAAAACAUGCUUUUUGACUCAGCUGGAGUCUGCCUCGGAACCCUGGUGUGGCUGGCAGAUGAGAUUACUCUGUGGACUGUAGUCAGAGAGGAGCAGGAGGAACAGUACUUUCUGAAGCAAACAACUACAGCUAUAAAGCAGCCCCCCCACCAGGAAAAACCGACCAUGGCGCUGCGCCCACGUGCUUCCUCUCAGCCUGGAAUACUUUCCUUCUUCCAGAGUCCCAAGGUAGCUUCAGCCCUUCGACCUCGGGCUGUUUCCUCGCGGUCAGGCUCCAUGCUGGAAGAGGAGCUGUCUUGUCCCGUCUGCUGUGAGAUCUUCAAGGACCCCGUGGUGCUCAAGUGCAGCCACAGCUUCUGCCGAGCCUGUCUUCAGCAGUUCUGGAACAAGAAGAAGGCCAGGCGCGAGUGUCCCAUCUGCAGGAGGAAGUGCUCUUUGACGGAGCCCACAGUCAGCCUGGCACUGAAGAAUGUGUCCGACACCUUCCUGAGGGAGCAGGGGCGUAAGACGGGCACAGCUGGAACGUGGGCAGGGGCCGGCGAGACAGGGGAGCAAGUGGGGAUUGUGGAGGUGAAGUGCACAACACAUGGGGAAGUUCUAAAGCUCUUCUGUCUGGAUGACUUUGAAGCACUUUGCUGUGUGUGUCACACCUCCAAGAAGCACCAGGGACACAGAGUGUGUCCUUUGGACGAGGCAGCUCAGGACCUCAAGGCAGAGAUGAAGACAGAGCUGAUUCCUCUGAAGAAAAACCUGCGUUGCCUGUAUGAAGCCAAGCAGGAGUAUGAUGACACAACUGUGCACAUCAAGAACCAGACUCAGGCCACAGAGAAGCAUAUUAAAGAGGAGUUUGAGCAGCUGCGGGAGUUUCUGCAGAAGGAAGAGACGGCCCGACUGGCUGCCCUGCAGCAGGAGGAAGAGGAGAAGAAGGAGCUGGUGAAAAGGAAGUCAGAGAGCAUCACCAGUGCUAUCCUCACCUUCUCUCACGCUGUCAUUGCCAUUGAGAAUGAGAUUGCGUCCAGUGAUGCUCUCUUUCUUAAGAAUUACGCCAACACAAAGAAAAGAGCGCAGAUCCCACAGAAGGAUCCAGAAAAGGUGUCAGGUGCUCUUAUCAAUGUGGCCAAGCAUGUCAGUUCCCUCAAGUACAAUGUGUGGGAGAAGAUGAUGGAGCUGGUUCAGUACACAUCCAUCACCCUGGACCCCAACACUGCCUACUCCUGGUUGUCCCUCUCCGCAGACCUGACCAUUGUCACCAACAGCGGAUCCCUCCAGCAGCUCCCGGCCAAUCCGGAGCGUUUCGGCCACUUUGUGUUCGUGCUGGGCUCAGAGGGCUUCACCUCGGGCCGCCACGCCUGGGAGGUGGAGGUUGGAGACAAGUCGGACUGGAUGCUCGGGGUGGUCAAGGAGUCCAUCGACAGGAAAGGUCGUAUAUCGGGCUGUCCCGAGGGCGGCUUUUGGAUGAUCUCCCACUAUGAGGGCGAGUACUCGGCCAUGACGAGGCCCAGCACCACGCUGCAUGUGGAGGGAGAGCUGACCCGAGUCAGGGUGCAGCUGGACUAUGACUCCGGAGAGGUGAGCUUCUCCAACCCUAUCAGCAUGACACCCAUCUACGCCUUCAACGACUUCUUCACUGAGAAGAUGUACCCCUUCUUCUGUCCUGGAGCCAACAUCAAUGGCAAUAACCCCAAACCACUUAAGAUCUGCCCCGCUAAGGUGGCUGUGUGGAACAGCGCCACAUGGUGAUGUGAGAAAGCCUUACAAAGGACUUGAGUAUUUCAAAUUUAAGAAAUUACCCAAAUAUGAAUCAAAUCAUUUAAAGUGAUGAUGUGCAUGCUUGUGUGUAAAAUGAACACAAUACAAGCAAAGUAAUUAGAACAUAUAUUAGUUUAUUUCACUUGGGGUCAUUUAGUGAUUGACUUUUUUUUUUAUGAAGCACAAAGUGGUUGUUUAGAGCUACCAGGGGAUGGUAUGGCCCUUAUAAUCCAGGAAGCCUCCGUUUUGCUUCUCAGUCAGGGAAGUCAUCACACGAAGCAUCCCCUGCACACUCUCUGGAGCAUCGAUUUCCGCCUGUAAAAAAAAACACGGUCAACAUGAAGGCUCACACUGGAGGUCAAUUCUCCUUGCUCUAACUUAAGUUAAGGAAAAGACACUCCAAUUUUUCCACCCACAGACGAGAUGUUACAGCUGCAUUCAUACUUAAAGCGAUAAAAGUGGUUCAAAUCAAAACUGAAAUGUUGUGUGAACUUUAAAAAAAUAAAAACACACUCAAUCUUGCAUUUUCAGCCUUGACCUGGGCCACUUUUAAUCAGAAUCAGAACAACUUUAUUGAUCCCUGGGGGGGGGGAUUUGUUUGUUACAGUUGUUCCACUCAAUAGAGUAAAUAGAGAUAAUACUUAUAUUACAAAAUCUAACACAAUAUAUAGAAUAGAAAUGUAUGUAUAGGUUUAUACAUAUAAGUAAAAAAAAAAAAAAAAAAAAAAUGGAAAUAUAAAAUAAAAUAUAGUAAAAUAAUAAGAGCCUAUAUACAAAGUAAAUGUAAUGUAAACAUAUUCCACAGUAUGUGCUGAAUAUGUGCUAUAUGUGAUCCACUUCUGUGUCAAUCUAUGUCGGCAACUGAAAGCAUGGAGGACAGCUGCAAUCGGGACAGUAAAAUCUAUAAAUGCUUAUAAAUAAAACAAGGCAAUGCUGUCCAUUUUACAAGGAUUAAUAUUCUAAAGCAGUUACACAUCCUAUAAAACACUGGAGCUGUGUGUUGACUUCAGAAAGUUUAAUCAAACUGGCCUAACUGUGUAUAUCCAUCACAGUAGCUUCACAAAGCAGAAUGAGCAAGUUAGGAUGCAUGCAGCUGUGGGAAUGGUUAUGCUAUAUAACGAUGACUUGCAAAUUAUGAGUAUGAUUGAUUGAUGUAUGUCGACACACAGAUAUGUUGUCUGACUUGAUAUUCCUGCUUUGUGUGACAUAUUUGGUGUUGUUUUUUGACUUUCUGGAUUAUCACAGGUAGAUUACUCGUUCGGGCUUGUAUCAGACAUUGGACCCAUACAACACUUAAACCUAAAAACAAAAUCAGCUCUGAGAAAAACGUGUGAAGUGAAAUCCUGCAAUGUGAAUGAAGCUUGGAUUGUAAAAAAAAAAAAAAGAAAAAAGAUCUGUCACCAUGAGAACCGCUUAGUCUUCGUCUGUUGAUUGUACUGAUUUCAACAAUAACUACUGUAGUUUUUGUAGUGAAAUUAUACAACAUGAUGUUAAUAUUGUGCUUCUCAAUAAAUAAAGUGAACGUAUCAUUCGGA